AUGGCGGAAGAUGUUGAUGAUCUCGUACUAUUGUUUAUGGGUGAUACUCAGUACCACUUUCCGUGCACUUCUUCAAACAAAGAGUGCAAAGCUCAUAGUGCCGAGUUCAGAAAGGAAAAUGACCUUAAUAUGGUAAGAUAGCAGAGAAUCUUUAGGAUUCCGUAACGCUGUUUAGGUUUAGGCACACAAUUUUAAGCUUAUAUUGUGUUUUAGGCUUAGGCACACAUUUUAGGCUUAUGUACACAACUUUACGCUUAUUUUAUCUGUUUUAGGCUUACGUAACGGCUUUUAGGCUUACGUAACGGCUUUUAGGCUUACGUAAUGUUUUUUACACCAUUUUAGGCUUAUGGUAUUUUGCUUUAGGCUUACUUAACUCCUUUAAAACUUAGGUACGCAAUUUUAGGCUUAUAUCUAUCAUCUGCUUUAGGAUUACGUAACGUCUUUCAGGCUUAGUUACACCAGUUUAGGCUUAUAUUAUCUGCUUUAGGCUUACGUAACGCGUUUUAGGCUUAGGUACGCAAUUUUAAGCUUACGUAACGGCUUUCAGGCUUAAGCACACAAUUGUAGACUUACGUAACGCCUUUUAGGCUUAGGUACGCAAUUUUAGGCUUAAGUAACGCCUUUUAGGCUUAGGUACACAGUUUUAGGCUUACGUAACGCCUUUUAGGCUUAGGUACACAGUUUUAGGCUUACGUAACGCCUUUUAGGCUUAGGUACGUAAUUUUAGGCUUAUAUUGGCUGCGAUAGUCUUACGUAACACUUCUUUGGUUUAGGUAUGCAAUUUUAGGCUUAUAUAAUGCGUUUUAGGCUUAGUUAUGCAAGUUUAGGCUUAUAUUGACUACCUCAGGCUUAGGUAAGAAAUUUUAGACAAUUUUUUCAGGCUUACGUAACGCACGUUAGGCUUAUUUACACAAUUCUAGGCUUAAAGUGGGCUCAAAUAGUGUAACCACAAAAACUUUCUUUACAACUUCAUUUUCAGAACUGCCUCCGUAAAAGCGCGAAUGGCUUAGCCGCGAUCCAAGUCCAGACCGUCCAAGACGAAUGUGCCAUAAUGGAAAGCCGAUUUGCCAACGAAGUUCAAAGAAAGGCCUUAUUUGAUCUGAAUCGACGAUUAUCCCCGAAACCCUCAGGCCUUAUACUCAACGGUGAUCUCACUAACUUUGGCCAUUCUCAUCAGCUGAACUUGUUCAAGACUGAAUGGCUGACUAUGCCAUUUCCUAUCUAUGCUGGCCUUGGUAAUCAUGAUUAUCAGAAUAAUGUUGAUGAUUGUGUCGCUAAUCAGUGCGUUAACAACAUGUUGUCAUGGUAUGUUACGUACUCUAUUAGGCGCCGACAUAAAGAACCCGCCAUACUUUGCCUGUAAUUUCCUGUAAAAAAUAGUGGGUUCUUUAUGUCGGCACCUAAUAUUUCACUCUACCCUAUUUCUACCACACCCUACCUCACCCUAUUUCAGCGUCCUGAUCCAUGUAAUACCCUACCUCAUAAAAAUCCAUUAAAAUUCAGGUUCGCCAAUGAAUACGCCCCAAUAAUGAACUUAACCAUCGACCUCGAGCGCAGUAACAUGUUAUGGAAGACAAUAUACGACGGAAGUUUCGCUUAUUCCAAGGACUUAUGCUCCCAAAACAAAGCUUCAUGUGUACAUUCGAUUCAACUCCACAAUCGACCAGAUUAUGCGACCAGUGCUGGGAGUUUGGAUUUGUGGAAGGUUCGAGCGUCUCUACAAUGGCUACGACACGAUCUGGAUCGAAUUCAAAACAAAACAUGGCCUGUGCUUAUCAAUUUGCAUAAUCAUGAACUUACUGACACUAAGGAUCGACUAAAAGUGGAAUUGGAAGCAUGGUAAGGAGGUUUUAGGGACGUAGAGGUGUGAUUUCUAAAAGUUAUGGGUAAUAUUAUGAUAAGUGGAGUAAUAUAAUUGAGCAUAACUUUUUUUCGGUUGAUGGUAAAAACAUAAAACUUUGUAAUAACAAACAAAACUUGAUACCUUUCUACCUCCUAUAAACUCAUAAAGACAUCUUAGAAAAUGCUAAAGAUAUAGCUUAGUUUCUCAACAUCUCUUUAUAUUACACUAGAUUCCAAGGCAAAAAUCGCCAUAACGUUUCGAUGAAAGAUCGACAAUACCCGUAUUUUACAAAAAAAAAUCGCAAAGAUCUCCUUUUUCAUAAAUCUAGUUAUCAGUAACUUUAGGCUUAACAACAAAGACAAUGAAGACAUAAUCCGGCGAGCAUUCGUUCUCUUCGCCCAUGUGCACGACAACCAUUCCUUAUCAGUACGAUGCAUUGGCGGCGUUACUGUGCCUUUUCUUUAUGUUGGGAGUGUCCCUAAAAACAGGUAUGUUAAUUUUUUUUUAAUUUUUGAGCUAUUAAAAAUUUAUUAUAAAAUUUAUAUUACACUUGAUGGAUAACAUUGAAAGUCUAGGUAUAUAUCAAAUUUUUUAUGGAUAAUUCGAAAAUUUUAGGUAUACAUUAAUAAAAUUCAAGCCUAUGAGUGCAGAAAUUUACUUUAUGAAGGCGAAUCCAGAUGGAACGAAUACAAUAACCGCCAUCCGAGAAUUCGAAUGGAAACCUUGUUAA